UUCAUUAUAAAAAAACGAAAAAAAAGGAGAGAGAAAAAAAAUCCCCACAAUUAAAAGUAAUUCCUAUCUGAUUCUUCAUUUCCCCUCUCUUCCGGCUGAAAAUCAAAAACCCUUCCUUUCAAUCCUCCGUUCGCAAAAUCUCACUCAGCAGUGUUCACAAUUUUGCGCGUUUUCAAGUGAGAGAAAGAGAGAAAGAGAAUUUUUUUCUCUUCUUCUCUGAGGUUUGUAAAGGAUGGCUUCCAAGAGGAUUUUGAAGGAGCUCAAAGAUCUGCAGAAGGAUCCUCCUACUUCUUGCAGCGCAGGCCCUGUUGGUGAAGAUAUGUUCCAUUGGCAAGCAACCAUAAUGGGUCCUCCUGACAGUCCUUAUGCAGGAGGUGUUUUCCUUGUUACGAUUCACUUUCCCCCAGACUAUCCAUUUAAACCCCCCAAGGUAGCCUUUAGGACAAAGGUUUUUCACCCAAACAUCAACAGCAACGGAAGCAUUUGCCUUGACAUCUUGAAGGAGCAAUGGAGCCCUGCACUUACCAUUUCCAAGGUUUUGCUUUCCAUCUGCUCGUUGUUGACGGAUCCAAAUCCCGAUGAUCCUCUUGUGCCAGAGAUUGCUCACAUGUACAAGACCGAUAGAGCAAAAUAUGAGAGCACCGCAAGGAGCUGGACUCAGAAGUAUGCUAUGGGCUAAUGUCAGUCGGAAGAGGGGGGGUUAGGAGACAGUUUUAUGACUGUCUUCAAAAGCUUGUAUGUGGCUUUUUAACCUUUUGAUCAAUGUUCUUCCUAAGCUGGACAAAAGAUAGUUGUCUGGUAUUUCAUUAUGUUGAAAAAGAGAAUUAUGAUGUUGCCCUUUUAUGCUUGUAUGGACAUAAAACUUAAUCAUGAAGCUGUGAAAUAUGACUGAUUGCCUUAUUAGCUUUAA